AUGGCCCAAGUAACCAUCGACCGCCUGCUCAACCUCGCUGCCGACGACCCCGCCGCCGUGCUCGCCCAGCUGCCCGCCCAUCCGCAGCUGGCCGGUGCCCGCGACGCCCACGGCUACUCGCUCGCCCACGCCGCAUGCUCCUACGGCCACUUCGACCUGCUGCGCGCCCUCGUCCGCACCUACAAUGUGUCCCCCGACAUUCGCGACGAGGACGACGAGACGCCGCUGUUCGCUGCCGAGACCGUUGACGCCGCUCGUUGCCUGUGCGAAGAGCUUGGCGCCGACAUGAACGCCCGCAACGAAGAGGGCCAGACUGCCGAGGAGAAGAUCGAGGCCGAGGGCGACUUUCCCCUUGUUGCUGCAUACUUGAGGAGUAGGAUGACCGGCAUCAGCAAUGGUGCCGCACAGCAGAAUGGCGCUGAUGCCCUAACUCACCCACCGCCGCUGCCCGACGGCAUCAAGGUCAAUGUUGGAUCCAUGUCGGCCGACGAUGUGCCCGAGGAUGUCGUCGACCCCGAGUUUAGGCGAAAGAUUGAGGAGCUGGCUGCGCGGGAGGACUACCAGAGCGAGGAGGCGCAAGCCGAACUGAGGCGUCUGGUCGAGGGUGCCAUUGGUGGAAUGAAGUCAGAAGCACAAUCCCAGGACAGGAACGUCAGGAGACGAGAAGAAUAA